CGGACACUCAGACAUGGCAGGAGGCCAUGACCCCCAGACUUGCCAGCUCUCAGACUGUGAGAGUAUAAAAGCCCGGGGAUUCCUUUCUUUGGGGCCCCUUCUCAUAGGUACCCGAGUCGAACUGUUAUUGUGUUAAUUACUGCACCAAGAUUAAAUUAUUUGAAUGAUCCCGAAGUCUGAGACGCUGCUAUGGGAAACCUGGGGCUGAGCUGGUGUCAGAUAUUCAUAUCAGUAAAUUUCGGGAUCCCAAACGAGCUCCUGACUUUGAAAAAUUCUGUUCUGAAACAAUUGAUGUAAUUCAGCCAGCACUUGUUCUAGCGACAGGUGAUCUGACAGAUGCUAAGACAAGAGAUAAACUGGGAUCUGAGCAGGUAGAAGAUGAGUGGAAAACCUACCAGUCAAUCCUGAAGCGAUCAAGGGUCAUGGAAAAAACCAAGUGGAUAGACAUCAAAGGGAAUCAUGAUUCAUUCAACAUUCCACACCUGGAUAGUGUUCAGAAUUAUUACAGGAAGUACUCUGCGUGGCGUAAAGAUGGUUCUUUCCAUUACAUCCACACCACCUCUUUUGGGAACUAUUCAUUCAUCUGCGUGGAUGCCACACUCACCCCAGGCCCUAAGAGACCCUAUAAUUUUUUUGGGAUUUUAAACGUGAAUCAAAUGGCAGAGCUGUCUUUGAUGGCAAGAGAAAGUCUACACAGCAACCAUACUAUCUGGUUUGGCCAUUACCCCACCUCAACCAUCAUCUCCCCAUCCCCUGGAAUACGAACACUAAUGAGUUCUGCCACAGCCUAUUUAUGUGGACAUCUGCAUACAAUGGGUGGGCUGAUGCCAGUCUUGCACAGUCAACACUGUGGUGGCACUCUGGAACUUGAAUUGGGAGACUGGAUGGAUAAUAGGAAGUACCGGAUCCUUGCGUUUGAUCAUGACCUCCUCAGCUUUGCAGAUCUUAACUUUGAAGAGUGGCCUGUAGUUCUCAUCACCAAUCCCAAAUCCUUCCUUUACAGCAGUUCUACUCAUGAACCGCUAGUCAAAAUUCUUUAUUCCACUCAUAUCAGAAUUCUGGCAUUCUCUCCUUCUGUCAUUACCUCUGUCAAAGUCUACAUAGAUGGAGUUCACCUGGGGAAUGCACAUCAGGUGUCUGGCCCUCUCUAUGUGCUGAAGUGGAGCCCACAAAACUACAGUGAAGGGUUCCAUCACAUAGAUGUGACUGUCCAGGAUGCUUCAGGAAGAACUGGCACACGGGGCCAUUUAUUUGGUAUGGAAGAAAAUCUCUCUCUCCGAUUUGACUUUUGGUCAUCUGUUAUUCUUCUCACCGACCACUAUGUUCUAGCUCGAGUGCUCUUUGGACUGAUUGUGCUGAUUCAGAUUACCUUGCUUGUUGUUUUCCGACACCUCCAAAAGCCAGCACUCAAAGAAAAGCCAGGAUUACUUACUCUGACUUCGUAUUCUCUUCAUGUCUUCAGCAAAACAAACACCUUCUAUUACUCAAUUCUGGUUCUGAAUUUAUACACCAUUCUGGGACCAUGGUUUGUAGGUGAACUGAUAGAUGGCCAGAUGGGGGCCUGUUUUUCCUUUGGGGUGUUUGUUGGUGGUGCCUUCUUACAGGGCAGUAUGACAUUUAUUGUUGGGAUUCUACAGAUGUUGUUUUUCAACCUGCCAUUGAUGGCCUAUCUGUGCUGGUGCCUGUUGAUGCGAUGCCAGGGCCACGGCUUCCGUUCCCACCUCUGGCACGUCCGACGCCUUGUGGCUGUGCUGGUUCACCUGGCAAUGGCCCUGCUCCUGGCCUGGCAGCUCUAUUCCUGCUAUUUCCUGCAGCGAACAUACGGCACCUUGGCGUUCUUCCUCUCCCCAAUGAGAACAUGGCUGGUAGCACUGAGCGCAGCUCUCAUUUAUAAAACCUGGACACUGAAAUCAUCAGAGCUCAGAACUUACAUAACAGAGAUAAAAAACUGUCAAAGCUCCUGAAGUACAAUAUAAGUACUCCAAGUUCUGUCUUAAAAACUCUCAAGGUACAACUUUAUCAUUUUGUGAUGCUGGAAUUCCAUACAUCCCAACCAUUAGGUGGUAAGGCCCAAAGCUGCACCUGCACUGCUACAGAACUGUAUUAAAUAGUAAGUGCACAAUUAGUUAUACACACUUUACUUGUAUUAUACAACAUACUGUGUAAUACAUGUUAUAUAAUACAGUUACGCAUUAUAUAUCAAUACUGUAAACUGUGUAAUAAUCUCAUCAAGUGAUACAGAGAUAUGUCCAUAUGGCUCACAAAUGAAAAUGUUUGCCUAUUACUACUGUGAAUGGAAAAAUACUUUUAAUUAAUUAAAUUCUUGAUUUUUAUAAUGCUGCAAAAACUGAGCAUAGAACUUGAUGAGCUUCUGGAUUUGUGUUUAAUUUGAUUUUUAUUUCAGGGGUGUCCUGUGAUUUUACAAGAUUAGACCAGAUGUCUUUAUGAAGUAAUAGUGACUGCAAAGGCGCUGUAGUGGCCUUCACAGUCAGAGUCCUAUGCCUGUACAUGUUUUCAGUUCAUAAUGCUGCGUAGAAGCAGAUUAGAGGCUGUACGGUGUGCAUAUGUAUUUGUGUUCAUGUUUACCUGAGCUGUGGCCCAUAGCUCUUGCUCUGGGAGUGCUGGCUAACUAACAGGCUCACUCUCUGGAAGGAAGGAGUUUAUUUUCCACUACUGAGGCUGCCAGUUCUCCCCACCCAUGACUGGUGAAAGGACAGUGAAUUAUCAGUGGUGCUGGGGUUUUCAGCUUCAAAGUAAAGAAUGGAGACAAUGUCGUCCGGAUGGGAGAGGCUGAAGGAAUAAUAUGGUCUGAUGCCUAUAAAGUCUGUAAUUUCUGUUUUUCUGGGUCUCAGCUGUGUUUCUGGGUCUCAGCCAAAUGCACUAAAGAGUGACCUAAGAAAACUAA